UUCUUACGUUGACUUUUCCUCGGAAGUUAUGUCUAUAAUCGUUGAUUUGAGUUGAAAUGGAAACUUUCCCCGUUAAAGAAGUUGGAAGGAAGCUAGACGUGCUGAUGUGAGUGGCUGGAUAAAUAGAAUCUUCAUCUCGACUCUGCAUUUUCUUAAAAAAAAUUCUGGUUCCAAAAGUCUUUCCACUCCUUUUUCUUUACACGUUUUUAUUACUAUAAAUUUAGCACUUACCCUUUAGCCAUUGCUUGCAUUCUAGCAUCCAAUCAAACCGUCUCGCAUCACCUGUCCCACCCCGUUCCUUUCAGAGAAGUCAGAAAGUGGUGUUAUACUUUUCUGAUACCCUCUAUUACUGCAAAUAGCAAAAUCUUGAAUACCCACAACCACAAAACGACGAGUCCCUCUUAAAGAACAUGUCUUCUUCUGCAGAAUCGAAAAUGGUACUGGCCAAGACCGUUUUAUCCACAAUAGGCUCUGUUGCUGCAACAGCUAUGGUGGUUCGAACAGUAGUCAAUGAAUUCCUUCCUCCAGAAUUGCAUGAAUAUUUCUUCUUUGGCCUCAAAAACAUCUUCAGCAGGUUCUCAAAUCAGCUAACAAUGGUAAUAGAUGAAUUUGAUGGCUUGGUCAACAAUGACAUCUAUGAAGCAGCCGAAAUGUACUUGGGAAACAAGCUGUCACCCAACACCCGUCGAGUCAAAAUCAGCAAGCCUGAGAAGGAGAAACAUAUCAACUUAACCAUGGAACGCGAUGAGGAGGUGACAGAUGUUUAUAAUGGGCAGAAAUUCAAGUGGGUUUGGCUCUGUAGACGAGUAGAGUCUAGAGACUUUUAUAAUCCCAGAGACCUGAAUUCCACUCAAAGAUCUGAGGUGAGAACCUUUGAGCUCACGUUUCACAAGAAAAACAAGGACCUUGUUCUUAAUACUUACUUGCCUUACAUUAUAAGAGAAGCAAAGCUGCAGAAACUUGAGAGAAGGGCAAUCAAGAUUCACACUGUGGAUCAUGAAAACAUGUAUGACUCGCAGUCAAUGAAUCUUGAUCAUCCGGCAACUUUUGAGACUCUAGCAAUGGACUCAGAACUGAAAGACAAAAUUUUGAAGGAUUUAGACAGAUUUGUGAAGAGAAAAGAUUAUUAUAGGAAAGUGGGGAAGGCGUGGAAAAGAGGGUACUUGCUGUAUGGCCCUCCAGGGACUGGAAAAUCAAGUUUGAUCGCCGCCAUGGCUAAUUAUUUGAGCUUUGAUAUAUAUGAUCUGGAGUUGACUGAGCUGAUGAGGAACUCUGAUUUAAGACGGUUGCUUGUGGCCACGGCUAACAAGUCCAUCUUGGUGGUGGAGGACAUUGACUGUACCAUUGAUUUGCAAAAUAAUUUGGCUAAUCGAGCAAAUGAUUCUCCUUCAAACAGGCAGGUGACAUUAUCUGGUUUGUUGAAUUUUAUUGAUGGAUUAUGGUCGAGCUGUGGUGAUGAAAGAAUCAUAAUUUUCACAACAAAUCACAUAGAAAAGCUUGACCCUGCAUUGUUAAGGCCUGGUAGAAUGGACAUGCACAUUCAUAUGUCAUAUUGCACCCCCUGUGGCUUCAGGCUUCUUGCUGCUAAUUACCUGGGCAUUACAGAGAACAAAUUGUUCAAAAUAAUUGAGGAACUGAUAGAAACUGCGAUGGUGACACCGGCCGAAGUGGCGGAGCAACUAUUGAAGGAAGUUUUUGAAAAACUUCAAAAAGCUUAAUGAAUCCAGGACAAAUUAAAAAUUACAAAACUAAUGCCCAGGUAAUGACAAAACUAAGCCUCUUUUUCAAUGCCCAGCUUUUUCAAAAUACCUGCGGUGUGGUUUUGAA